CCGGACCAGCGGCACAUACAGCGAAUCGGCAAACUUCAUGCCUCGUUGCAGAUGGCUAGAACUAUUUGUCGCUGGGUAGUAGACGGUUAUUUGUGACGCACCGUGCUCUUCCUCGCACUGAGACCCGCUGACGUAUUGCGCGUACCUCAUCGAGGACGUCUCUGCGACGCACUCGAGGCUAGGCGACAUUGCUGCCUGCGCCUUGAGGGUGAGCUUCGCCCCCUUGCUGACCUCGGCAGUCUGUUGUACCUGCAUAGUGCACUGUUCGAACAAACCAAAUUCACCUUCUCCGGAAUGCAGCGCGCGUAUACUGUUGCUGAAGCCCAGCAAGCUUGUAGAGAAAGGUCUGAUGACCAUUGGCGCAAGCGCUAUUAAGAAAGAAUCUGGCUCACCGAGGUGCUUACAGACGCGCCCACCCGGAUUGCCAAUCCUGAUGCUGCCUGAUACAUCCGCGGAUGAUUGUAUCGGCGCGCUGGUCGUGCACAGCAGUGUCCAUGAAUUCAAUGCCUCCUCAAGGCCUCUUGGUCAAGCAAGACUAUGCCAGACCAUUCAAAGCCAUGGACUUUACUGUGUAUGAUGGGUGCGCCAGUCCUAGCAUCCGCGGAGUUUUAGGCAGCAUCCGGAUGGACAACUGGGUGGUCGCGUGCUGUAUCACGCUGGUGAGCUUACUGCUACCUCAAUGUAAUUGCGCCAAUGACUAUUGAACCAUUCAAGACAAAAGUGCUGGGUUUCAGCACCAAGUGUCGUGCUGUCUACACCGGAAAGGAUGGGAUGGGUUUUUCGACCAAUGCUCGAUGGAUCGACGACAAAUGACUGCCGAGGUCAGCAAAGGGGCUCAGCUGACCCUCAAGGCGCAGGCAGCAUUGUUGCCCAGUCUCGAGUGUGCUGCAGAGACGCCCUCAAUGAGGCAUACGCAAAACGUGAGCGGGCUUCAAUGCGACGAGGAGAACAG